CUUCCAUUGUGAGAGAGAGAGAGAGAGAGAGAGAGAGAAAGUGGGGAGUGGGUUAGAACAAUGGAGAUACUAGCAAGGUGGAAGUUGCGCUGGGAAACGUGGGAUCUCCGGGUUGUGAUCCUCAUUAGUCUCAGCCUACAAGUCCUUUUGAUAUUCCUUGCACCUUUGAGAAAACGAGUGUCAAAGGCUUGGAUAACCAUCCCCAUAUGGUGUGCGUACUUGCUUGCAGACGCAACAGCUACCUUUGCUGUGGGACUCAUUUCCAGUAGUCAGGGUCACACCUCUGGCCCUUUCACUGAUCCGACCCUUCUGGCAUUCUGGGCUCCCUUUCUAUUGGUACACCUUGGGGGUCCCGACACCAUUACAGCUUUUGCCCUUGCGGAUAAUGAGCUCUGGCUCAGGCAUUUCCUGGGUCUGGGAUUCCAUUGCUGGGCUGUCGGUUAUGCCUUCGUUCAAUCAUUUCCGAAUCACAAGCUUUGGAUCCCCACCUUGUUCAUAUUUCUGGCUGGAGUCAUCAAGUACAUUGAGCGAACACGUGCUCUCUAUCUUGCUAGCUCUCGUAUAAUCAAAGACUCUUUUCUCACAUAUCCUGAUCCUGGGCCUAACUAUGCGAAGUUCAUGGAUGAGUACACUUCAAAGAAGCAAGCAAAACUUCCGACGGAGAUAGAGAUUAUCCCUGAACCUAGUAGUAGGAGCAACAAUACAGGAAAUGACGAAGCCAAGGGAGAUGACUUGUCUUGUUUGAAGGUGGUACAAACUGCUCACAAGUACUAUACCACUUUCAAAGGUCUGGUUGCGGAUUUGAUCUUCAGCAUCAGUCAGCGCAACCAGAGCCGAGAUUAUUUCCUCAAGCAAACGGCAGGAGAUGCUUUCCAUAUUAUUGAGGCAGACGAUUUAGAAACGGCCAAGGAGAUAUUUUCUGCCAGAGGGGAUUGGAUUCUACGGUAUGAAAGUCGUGCCAACUUACUCUGUUGGAUCAAUGAUGUCGAAUUUGAUGAGAGCCUAAUUCUGUGGCACAUUGCCACUGAACUCUGCUACUAUGACCCAGAAGAUGUCCAAGACAAAAAUGAUAACCGCGAGUUCUCUAAACACCUAUCGGAUUACUUGUUAUACUUGCUAAUUGUGCAGUCCACAAUGUUAUCCAAUAUAGCAGGUAUUGGGCAGAUAAGGUUCAGAGAUACUUGUGCCGAGGCCAAGAAAUUCUUUCGUGAAAGGAAUGUAUUAGCGGAAGAGAAGAAAAUUGUCACCUUUUGCAAAUACUUCUGCUGCUGCUUUAAUAAAUGGUGCUUCAAAGGGAAAAUGGAACUGGAGGAUGAAUUAUUAAAGGAAAAUGCUUGCAGAAAUAUCCUUGAGGUUAAUACAGAAGUUGAACCUAUUGCUGUUAAGGGAGACAGAAGCAAAUCUGUGUUGUUUGAUGCGUGCAGGCUGGCCAAAGAGCUGAGGAAAUUAGAAAGGCUUGAAAGGUGGAAGAUAAUAAGCAAAGUCUGGGUUGAAUUGAUGUCCUAUUCAGCGGGUCAUUGCAGAGCCCAUACCCACGUGGCACAACUCAGUAAAGGUGGACAGCUCCUCACUUUAAUAUGGUUGUUGAUGGUUCAACUUGGCUUAGGUGAUCAAUUUCGAAUAAGAGAAGGGAAUGCAAGGGCGAAACUGAUCGUGAGCAAGUAGGUCGAUGAAUUUGUUGGAUCAAUAAAUUUAGAGAUGUGUGCUUUUUUAAUUUUAAUUUUUCUUGUUUGAACAUUCCAGUUACAUGCCUAAGCGAGAUACCUGUGUUUGAAAUGUGACAUGCACUAAUAGCCAAUGGUCAAUAGUUCUACUUGUUGCAGACACUAUCUAAUGAUAUUACCAACAUUUUCUGAGA